CAGGAGGAGAAGCUGGUUCACUUCCGCAGUCUGUGGCGCUCGCGCUGUCCGUCUCUCUCCGCGGGAAACUCUCGAUUGAACAUCUCAUCAUGUCUCAGGCCGAUAAAACGAAGGGGCAGUUCACGAACCCAGAGACUCCCGGCUAUGUGGGAUUCGCCAAUCUGCCCAAUCAGGUUCACCGGAAAUCAGUCAAGAAGGGCUUUGAGUUCACACUCAUGGUAGUGGGUGAGUCGGGGUUGGGGAAGUCAACUCUGAUUAACAGUCUGUUCCUGACUGACCUUUACCCAGAGAGGAUCAUCCCUGGUGCCGCAGAGAAGAUCGAGCGCACAGUGCAGAUCGAGGCCUCCACGGUGGAGAUCGAGGAGCGCGGUGUGAAGCUGCGUCUCACCGUGGUGGACACGCCCGGAUACGGAGACGCCAUCAACAGCCAGGACUGCUUCAACACCAUCAUCGCCUACAUCGACGACCAGUUCGAGCGCUACCUGCACGACGAGAGCGGCCUGAACCGCAGACACAUCGUGGAUAACCGUGUCCACUGCUGCUUCUACUUCAUCUCUCCGCUUGGACACGGUCUGAAGCCGCUGGACGUUCAGUUCAUGAAGGCCAUCCACAACAAAGUCAACGUCGUCCCCGUCAUCGCCAAAGCCGACACGCUCACCCUAAAGGAGAGGGAGAGGCUCAAGCGCAGGAUUUUGGACGAGAUCGACGAGCACGGCAUUAAGAUCUACCAUCUGCCAGAUGCCGAGUCGGACGAGGACGAGGAGUUUAAGGAGCAGACGAGGAUUCUGAAGACCAGUAUCCCGUUUGCCGUGGUUGGCUCUAACCAGCAGAUUGAAGCUAAAGGGAAGAAGGUGCGAGGACGUCUAUACCCAUGGGGCGUUGUGGAGGUGGAGAACCCCGAGCACAAUGACUUCCUCAAACUGCGCACCAUGCUUAUAACUCACAUGCAGGACCUACAGGAAGUGACUCAGGACCUGCACUACGAGAACUUCCGCUCAGAGCGCCUGAAGAAAGGCGGCAGGAAGGGUCCGGAGCCAGAGGAAAUGGACAAGGACAUGAUUCUCCUGGAGAAGGAGGCUGAGUUGAGGAGGAUGCAGGAGAUGAUUGCGAAGAUGCAGGCGGCGAUGCAGAAGCAGGGUGACGGAGACGCAGACGUCUAGACACCACCGAAGGUGCAGAGCUGUGGAGCGAGACCAUCGGACACACACAGAGAGAGAGAGAUAGAGAGAGUGUGUGUGUGUGGUGUCUCGUCACGUCUCACUGUGUUUUGCCACUUUUUUUUCUACUCUACCUUGGGAUAAACUUUUUUUUUUUUUAUAAGCAGUAUUAUUAUUAUUAUUAUUAUUAUUAUUAUUAUUUUCUGUCCCUCCACGGAGACGUGCUGAUAUGAAGUGUCUCAGUGACUCAAUAAUUGCCUAAACUUUUUAUCACGGUUCACAAUAUUAUCGCAUUUUUUUAAAAACUAUUCCUACUUCCUGCUCCUGCAUCGAGGUUUCUGUGGGAUUUCUGUAAACAAGCUCGUCCUCAAUGCCGCAGUCACGCGCGUGUUAAACUCACCGUCCAUGAGAACAAUAUCAUGUUAAAGGCUGUGAUUGUUUAACGUCGUGUAAACAGAUUUUUUAGAUGCACCAAAAUACUGACUGACCUGUGUGUGUGUGCGUGUGUGUGAGUGUGUUUUUCAAGUGAAGUGAAGUUUUGUAAGCGCGUCCUAAAGAAGGACGUCCGCUGCGCUAGUGGAAUCCGAUUUGAGUUUAAAACGUGAAGUGUGGGUUUGUGUUUAGAAAUAAAUAAACAGAUUAUUGUAGUGUUUUGGGGGGAAAUUAUUUCUUCAGAGAUUUUUUUAUAUUACAUUUCAGUUUAGUUUCCGUUAGUGCGACGGCAGAUAAUCGUUAGCGUGUUAAUUUUUCAGAGCUACAAUUUCAUGCAAAGCCACACCCACAAGAGGCAGUACUACCAGUUUAGGUCACACCCAUGGGAGACAGUUCUGUCUUUAGGUCACGCCCACUGGGGGGGCAGCACAAACUUUUAGGUCACACCCCCAGGAGAAAGUACUAUCUGUUUAGGUCACGCCCAAGGGAGGCCGGACAUUUUUUAGGUCACACCCACUCGAGACAAACCUGCUAGAGUGACAUCACUGUCAUGUUGCUUGUCGGACACUUUGCUUUUUAAACAUUUUGUUCUGAUGUGGGACAAAAAAAAAAAGGGCAACUCCUGCUUACUGUUACCAUGACAACCCUCUUAGCGUUAGCCUAGCUCACAUGGCAAAGAAUAAGGUUUAUUAUUCUCAGUAGUUCCAAACACACACGUUUAUUUUUCAGCCCGUUCUCGUCGUCUCGUUUCGUUCGCUCUGUGUGUUUUUAUGUAGAUUUGCCGUAGACAUAAGUUGUGUCUGCGCUGCGCGGGAUUAUAACCUCCAGCUCAUCUCAUGUCUGAUACACAGAGGGUUAUUCUGGUAACUUUACAUGAACACGUUCAUGAGAGAGCAGCGUUAACACGUGGACUAGACUUGGCUGUGUGUGUGUGUGUGAUGAUUUAUAAUGUGUGUCUAAAUGCGGUCCAGUGAAAAUGACUGACGUAACCACUGGGCAUGUGCCAAAAAUAAAGGAACAGCCCCAAAGGCUGUGUUUGGGAUUAGUUUAGCGAGUUACUUCACGCUAGUUCGAGUUACUUCACGCUAGCUCGCGCUGUGGUUUAUAAAGACGACUGAAUGAUGUAAUGACUGAACUCUGGCACGUGCCUGGUGAUGAUGUGACGUUUUAACCCUGUUGUCUUUGCUUAUGCAUGCAGACUCCUUUGUAGUGUGUGUGUGUGUGUGUUCACACUGUUCCUUUCUGUAAUGUUUAAACCAUGUUUGAAAAUGUUUUCUUCUUGUGGUCAAAUUCUUCCCUAAAAUAAUCACGUUACCAUUUUAUAGUUUUAUUCCAGAACUUUCUAAUAAACUUAUUCACUGUUA